AACAGUCGUAUUUUGGUAUUUGGCGAUUCGUAGACAUGGUAACUGGGCAGCGCAAUCUCGCGCGCAAGGACUUUCAGCAUGCGAAGCGUAUUGUGAUCAAGAUGGGGACGAGCGUCGUGUCUACAAAUGGAGAGCCUGCUCUCGGACGACUGGCGUCCCUCGUGGAGCAGGUCAGCAUGUUGAAGCGGCAAGGGAAGGAAGUGUUGCUCGUCACGUCGGGGUCCAUUGGAAUUGGGCGGAAGAAGCUGCACAAGCAACUGCUCUUAUCAGCGUCGCUUCGUAUGCACGUCCAAGGCGGGACGGAGCAGCAUCACGCGCUCGACGCGAAGAAAGGCGCAAUGGCCGCCGCGGGCCAGGUUGGACUCAUGGCACUCUACGAGACGCUGUUCUCCAUGUACGACGUCGCUUGCUCCCAGGUACUAGUGACGGAAGCCGAGUUUCGAACCCCCGAGCACCGCGCCAACAUCCGCGACACACUCCUGCAUCUUCUCGACAUGGACGUCCUUCCCAUCGUGAACGAGAACGACGCGAUCUCCGCGGGCUUGUACCGUGAUGAAGACGGCGUGUUCACCGACAACGACUCGCUCGCGGCGCUGAUCGCCGGCGAAACCAGCGCGAACCUGCUCGUGCUGCUCACGGACGUCGACGGUGUAUUUGACAAGCCGCCCACCGAGCCCCAUGCCAAGGUGCUGUCAGUGUUUGGUGCAGGCGGCCCCAUCGUCUUCGGCGAAAAGUCGUCUGUCGGCCGCGGCGGCAUGCAAGCCAAGAUUCGAUCGGCACAGCGCGCGCUGGCUCAAGGCGUGAACGCGGUCGUGAUUGCGAGCGGGUUCAAGUACGGAAUCCUCGACUCCAUCAUGAAAGGCACGGUCGUGGGCACGCUCUUUGUGCCCAACCCGUCAGCUUUAACGCCCGUCAACUCGCCCGAGGACAUGGCGGUUGCCGCGCGGGACGGCAGCCGCGCCUUGUUGGAGCUGUCGUCAGCGGAACGUUCCAGCAUCGUUCUGCGCCUGUCGCAGCUGCUCGUAGAUGAAUCGCCGCGCAUCCUUGAAGCGAACCGCAAGGACCUGGACGCGGCGUCAUCCAGUUUGGACCCGCAACUCCGCAGCCGACUCAAGUUGACCCACGAUAAGCUCGUCACGUUAUCUCAAGGCAUUGCAAGCGUCGCCGGCCAAGAUGAACCGCUGGGACGGGUCCUAUCUCUCAUGGAAGUAAGUUCGGGGCUCGUGCUCGAGCAGGUGACGGCCCCCAUCGGCGUCCUCCUCGUCGUGUUCGAGUCCCGCCCGGACUCUCUGCCCCAGAUCGCCGCCCUCGCGCUCCGCUCCGGCAACGGUCUGCUGCUCAAGGGCGGCAAGGAGGCCAAGCACUCAAACGCGUGCCUGCAUGCGCUCGUGCAAGACGCGAUCCGCCUCGAAACCAGCAAGGUGCCGCCGUCGGUCGUGGGCCUCGUUACCACCCGCGACGACGUCGGCGCCCUCCUCGCGCUCGACCAUGUCGUGGACCUGUGCAUCCCCCGCGGGUCGAACUCCCUCGUGUCGCACAUCAAGAAGAACACUCGGAUUCCCGUGCUCGGCCAUGCCGAAGGUGUCUGCCACGUGUACAUUCACGACAACGCCGACCUGGUUAAAGCCACCAAAGUGGCAGUUGACGCCAAGACAGACUAUCCCGCCGCCUGCAAUGCACUGGAAACCCUCUUGAUCGACGAAGCAAUCGUUGAGCGCGGGGCGCACCACGCGAUUCUCGACGCACUUGUGGCCGCGGGGGUAACUUUGUACGAAGGUCCCCGGGCCGCGAAAUUGCACUUGGUGCCUGGCGCCCUGGCAGCGCCGAGCUUGUCGCAUGAGUACGGAUCGUUGGGGCUGACGGUGGAAGUGGUGGCGGGAGGUGUGGACGGAGCCAUGGCCCAUAUCAACCGAUACAGCAGCGGCCACACCGAGUGCAUCAUCACGGAAGACGCGGCGGUCGCGGAAACAUUUUUAAACGGCAUCGACAGCGCCUGUGUGUUUCACAACGCGAGCACGCGGUUCGCCGACGGGUUCCGGUUUGGGCUGGGGGCAGAAGUAGGCAUCAGCACGGGGCGCAUCCACGCGCGGGGCCCCGUGGGGGUCCAAGGACUCCUCACGACCAAGUGGAAGCUGCGGUCCGCCAAAGUGCACACGGUGGCGGCGUUCGGCCAAGGCGGCACCGACACGUACACGCACAAGACCCUGCACCCGACGACAAGUAAAUUGUAGUAUACGAAAAGCUACUUACUUGUACUACUACUAUUGUCAAGAGAUCGAUCGACAACCUACCCUACCUUGUAAUGUAAACGUCCGUGUGCGAA